ACUGUUGCCUUAUGGCUGUUUAGCAACUGGAGAUUAUUCUGGUUUAAUUGAGGUGGUUUCAGCCGCUGAAACAAUUGCAGACAUUCAACUCAACAGUAGUAAUGUUGCUGCAGCUGCUGCAUUCAACAAAGAUGCUCUGUUAAAUUGGCUUAAAGAAUACAAUACUGGAGAAGAUUUGGAUCAAGCCAUUGAGGCAUUCACUUUGUCUUGUGCUGGCUACUGUGUAGCUACUUAUGUCCUGGGCAUUGGAGACAGACACAGUGACAAUAUCAUGGUUAGGAAGAAUGGUCAGCUGUUUCAUAUAGAUUUUGGUCAUAUUCUUGGAAACUUCAAAUCCAAAUUUGGAAUUAAAAGAGAACGAGUCCCUUUCAUCCUUACAUAUGAUUUUAUUCAUGUCAUCCAGCAGGGAAAAACUGGAAACACUGAAAAAUUUGGCCGGUUCCGCCAAUACUGUGAAGAAGCAUACCUGAUUCUGCGAAGACAUGGCAACCUAUUUAUCACCUUGUUUGCACUAAUGUUAACAGCUGGGCUUCCAGAGCUAACUUCUGUUAAAGACAUCCAAUAUCUAAAGGACUCUCUUGCCUUAGGAAAGAGUGAUGAGGAAGCAUUAAAACAGUUUAAGCAGAAAUUUGAUGAAGCACUCAGAGAAAGUUGGACUACAAAAGUAAACUGGAUGGCACACACAGUUCGGAAGGAUUACAGAUCCUAAAUGGUGGAUGAAUUUGCACUAACCUUAGAAGUUAUCCUGACAAUAAAGCA